AUGCUGUAUGGUAUUUCAAGGAAAUUGGUCUUAGUGUUUUUUGUUUUUACGGAAUUUGUUGUACAUGUCUUAAAUCUAACGGUUAGUCAUAAUGCAUCGAUCCCGACUACAACUGAAUCAAAGAAUUUGCGUGUGCUCUACCGUUUUUACAAGCCUGAUAAUCUUGAUUUUGUGUAUGUCGCAAGUGUGAAUUCAAUUAGACAAUUUAGUGUUGAUAAACUACAGCUUGUUGCAGAACGUAUUACUGGUCCACAUAACUUCUCCAUCUAUUGUCUAUCGAAUGGUGAUAGCUGUGAAAAGUGUAUGCAUAUAGAUCGGUCAUCGUUUUCCUUUGGUUAUGGUGCUGAUUUCUGUCUCCCCCAUCCAACUAACAACUAUGUCAAAGCAUGGGGUACUUCAGGUUUUCCAGGCCCCGAAAUACAUAGUUUCAACUACUCUGAGUGGGAUCAUGAAUCUCAUUUCGUAAAUGAUGACAGAAUAACCUUCGAAGAUGGCUUAUAUGUAUGCAAUACUGUCUUUCAUGGAUACUGUGAAAGGCUAAGUUUGAUAAAUGUCAGUCAAGAAUCCCCAUGGUCAAUCGGUACAAGAAAUCCACUGAUAGACAAGAAAAGUAAAAACCCACAAGAAAUACCAGUUGUUGGAUCUCUUCCCUAUACACAUUCUGUUCUAGUUGUUGGUUCAGAAUAUAUUUAUGUGGGCACAGAGCCUGAUGGACUCCAAGAACACACGCUCAUUACAUUUGAUCCACUGACUGUGCGACUAAAAAACUUUCACUUAUGUAGUACUCAACCUAGCUUUGAAAGCAGAGCGCAGUUGUCAACAAAUCCGAGCUUACGAAUACAAUACAAAUCUGCUUUCCGAUACAGAUCAAUGCCAACAAAUUUGGAGUUCCAAGAUCAACUGUUUAGACCUGCUUAUGUAUAUUUCGUUCUUCAGCAGCCUGAAAGUUCACCUUUUUUCCGGUGGCAAUCACGAAUAGCUCGAGUGUGUGACGGAGAUAAGUUUAUUUCCUCUUACGUUGAACUGAAUAUAGCAUGUUUUGAGUGUAUAUUUGAAGGUGAUGAAAAAAUGUUUAACGCAUUACAUUUCUCUUCACGUGGUACUGUUGGGAAGCAGUUAGCUAGAGAAUUAUUAGAAAACUUUCAGUCCCAGUAUGAUGAUAAUUUGUAUUCUAAAAUUGAUAUAACUACUAAUGAUCAUUCUGAAGUUCUUAUUGUAGCGUUUGCUUCACAACCUAUUGACCCUUUAUAUUACUGGUCUACACGCAAUGUUAGUCCAGAUAUUGAUUUGCCGAAUGUUCAAUACAAUCCUGAUUCAUCAUAUCGACAUGGAUCAAUUUUGUUGCCUGGUUCUGCUAUCUCCUUAUUUUCUAUGACACAGAUUAAUGCCAAAUUUGAUCGUGUCGUUAUGAAUUGUUUGGACGGCAUUGGAAUGCAUGGACCGUCACAUUUUCUACAUUCUGGAAGUAGCGGAAAUUCUAGAUGUGUUAAAGAUGAUUAUUCUAGGAAUUUGAUCCGUGAUUGUCCUAGUAGUCGUCAACUCAAUCAAUUUAUUACAGGGAAUGAUCCAGACGAUGAUAUAUAUUCUCCAGCAUUGUUGUACUUCAAAUCUAAUGUUACCGGUAUGGCAAUAACCGCUGUAUCACAGGAAUUCACAGUUGCAAUAUUUACAACAGAUGAUGGCUAUCUAUACAAGUAUGAGCUUCUUGGUCUUCGCAAAGUACAUCUUUUAGGAUCUUUACAACUGGUUACAAAUGGCCAACCAAUAACAAGCCUAGCAUUGGACCACACUGGGACAAUAGCUUUUGCGACAUCAUUUCAAAAGGUUUUUCGCAUUGAGUUAUUCAACUGUUCAGCGUACUUAACAUGUCAGUCAUGUUUAAAGGCUCGUGAUCCUUAUUGUGGUUGGUGUAUAGCAGAAGGUCGUUGUUUACUGUUUCACCAAUGUCCUUUAGUAAUGUCUCGUGUAAAAAUACUUAAUGAUCUCAAAAAGAAACGAUCUCCAAACAGGUAUGCUGGUAGCGAAUAUUCCGCAUUGGAUCGAGUUUAUUGGUUACACUAUAAUACCUCUACCAAUAAAUGCCCAGUAAUUAGACAAGUUAGUCCGCCUGGUAUGCAAAUAAGUAUAACCCCAACGGUUACUUAUGCAAAGGAGAACAGUCAGUAUUAUCAGCAAAAUAUAAUUCUGAGCUUGGAUUCAUUUCUUUCACAGAACCUCCCUAAUUCUGACUUUCCAGAAGAAUCUCUUUCCAGAAAUCAACCUCAUCAAAUAAAUUCCUUUGACGAUUUCGGGAAUUCCCAUCAUCCAUCAUUGGAUAAAAGUAGUAUUGCUACGAGCUCACAGUUGUUUUGCAGUUUUCGAGAAGCACCAACAUCAGUUCUUCAAAUGGAAUCCUUGAUCUCUGGAACUAUUUCUAAUUUUGAUUUAAAUAAAAUUUUGUUGAAUGUUACACGUACACCACUUCUCACUAGAACUGUUGCCAAGUUGUUUUACUCGUCUGGAAAACCUAUAGAAGCGCACUGCUUGUCUCCAGCCACAACAUCACGAUUACCUCAACUUGAGGAUGAUAAAGCUUCUCUACCUUUGUUAUUAUGGUUAGAAAAAGUAAGAACAACUGAUGUAGAUCCUGAUAAUGUUGGUGCACUUGCACCUGCUUUAUUUGCUAUUUAUAAUUGUUCUCAACUUAAAGAUUGUCAGUCUUGUACACGAAGUCGUUUUGUAUGCGCUUGGUGUUUAUUUGAAGAUCAAUGUGUUCCCGUUUUUCCAACAUUAUCACCAGAUGGACAAAUAACAAAUAGUGUGUGUAAAGAUUCUUCUCAUCUUUACUCUAAAUCUUAUGAACAAAUUAAUCCUCCAUUUGGUAUUAUUCCUCCUGGUCAUGCUGACGACUGUCCAAGUUUCAAGGGGUCUCCCCAAAGAAUCACAUUGACUAGUGGUUCAUCGCUUACUGUUAACUUCUAUGUUUCGAAUGUUCAGAAACAACAAAUUGUUGGAUUUAGUUGCUCAGAAAACUGUACAAAUCAACACGUUCGUGCUUCAUUUAACCCAUCUAAUUCAACCGUGUUCUGUCAUAUAGAAGUGAUGAAUCUGACCGAACACUUAAGUACUCGUCUGCUAAGUAACAAUGAUAUCCAACGAUCACAUGAUACAGCUGUAAUUUGUGGCUUAGAUCUUUAUUGGCACGGAUUGAACAGUCGUGAUGCAAAAGGCCAUCGUAUGGUUAACGAAGAUCAAGUUCAAGUGGAGGUUUAUGCAUGUGAAUGGUUGGCCGAAUACUGUGAUGAAUGUUUAGAUCUUCCUCCCCGAUUUGGUUGUGUCUGGUGUGUUUAUGCUCAGGAAAAUAUCCAUAUUAAUGACUACGAGAAUAAAAACAUACUAAAUGAAGGCAAAUGUCGUACUCAGAAUUCAUGCGUUACACGUAAAUAUUUCAAUGGUUCUACAGCUGUACGUCAGCAUUCUUUUCGUCCGGGCGAUGUAUGCCCAGAUCCUGAAAUCCUAACUCUUUCCCCAACUAAUGCCACUUUGACAGGACAACCGAUACUUACUAUUACUGGUAGAAAUCUGGGUCGUAGUGUAUCUGAUAUAGUGGAUGUCUUUUUGGAUCUUCAAUCGAAAAUCCAAUGUAUUGUUUUACCGGAAACAUAUCAACGUUCACAUAAAUUUAUGUGCAAGCUUGUUACAGCACCUCAUUUAUCACUUCCUGUUUCUGGCAAAUUAAAGGUUGUGAUAAGCAAUAAACGAUAUGAAGCAUUUUCACCUGUUUUUCACUUCGCUGUUCCUCAUUUAAUACAUGCCACACCUCACCGUGGACCUAAAGCAGGUGGAACACGAUUAUAUUUAUCGGGUACUAACCUAAACAUUGGGAGGCAACGCGCUGUUUAUUUAUAUCUCCCAACAGUCAGUGGGACAAUUGAUGAAUCUUAUCAAGAUAGGUUUUCAGAAUCUGAUGUUCAUGUGAAAUGUGAAAUUGAACAAGAAUCUGAAACAUUAAUUGUUUGUUUAACUACUCCAUUACUUAAAGAAACAAUGAAUACAUUCAACGACAAAGCGUCUUGGUUGGAGGUGGAACUACCGUACGAGUUCUUGGAUCUUUUUUUAUUUGUAGUUCAAGACCCUAGAUUAGUCUUUUAUUUCAAUGGUUCCGAGUAUAGCAUGAGUUGCCUUGUUUCUUCAAAUGGACAAUUAGAUUGUUUCAGUCCUUCUCUUGGGAUGUUUCAAGAUACUCAUUUGGUCAAGGAUAUGAAUGAUAAAAACAUAUAUACGAGUGAAAAACUUGAUAAUCUCUCUAGUACUAGUGUUUGGACAAAUAGAAAACAAUAUAUUACAUCUCGUUUGCCGAUUUCUCAACCACUGGUGUUGUCUCAAUUGAAAUCAAACCGCGAGUUUUAUAAUUCUGCCUUUUCAUCUAAUCCACCUAAUUGGCCAAUUGAUGUACCAUAUGGUUUUAUUAUGGAUGGUGUACAUCAACUUCGCAUAUUUGGUUUCAUUAAAGUGUAUCAAGAUCCUAUUGUAAUUCCAUUUCCUGAUGGUAUUCGUGUGGAAAAUCUUGAUGAUUAUCUAACAGAUGAUUUAAUAAACGAUCAGCAUAUUGAACUUAAUACUUAUCAACGUCAAAUAUCUAACCAAUCAUUGGAACUUUCAUCUCAAUCAAUUUCAUUGACAAAUACCCAUACAUUAUUCAAUCACAUAGAUUAUUCAAAUGUUAGACAAUUAAUUCGAAUUCAUGGCCAUUUUGAUGCUCUUAUCAAUGCUCCAGAACUAGCUAAAUCUGAUGAAUUAGUUGUAAGAAUAGGCGAUUCAUUAAUUUGUGAAGUGAAUUCCAUUAUAUUGACAGAAAUACGUUGUGAUUUAGAUAGAAAAAUGAUUCAUAAACAUCAAGAUUAUCCUGUUGAAGUUCAAUUUGGACGUUUUCUUAUUUAUCGUCCUGGUUCUGUUCGUUUUGUUGCUUUACGUCAAGCAGCGUUACGCAGUCAAAUUAUCAUGAUAUUUAUUGGUCUUCUUCUAAUUUUAAUUUUUGUUUGUCUGAUUGGAUUUAUAAUUUGGCGACGUUUUAUGCAACAUCAAAGAAAUUAUCAAGCUAAACUUGAUGAAAAAUACGCUGAACAUGAAAAUCGUGUUGUUCGUAUAUUUAAAGAAGAUUUCAUGGAAUUACAGACAAGUAUGCAAGAAUUUUCUCAAGAAGUGAAAAAGCAUAAUCUCCCUUAUCGAGAUUAUAAAACAUUCUGCCUGUUUUCGUUAUUUCCUGAAUAUCAUUGUGAAUUAAUGAAUCCAAUCGAUCCACAUUUAUCGGCUCCAUUAUUAAUUAAAACUGAUAUAACAAUUGAACCACUGAAUAGUGCAAUUGUCCCACGUCAUCCAUUGUUGUCACCUUUAACAGUGCAUGUUCGAGCGCAUGAUGAUGCAACCAAAGGAAUCUCGUUAUUUCACGCACUCUUGUGCAAUCGUCACUUUUUAUACCUUUUAAUUCAUUUGAUUGAAGAAGAUAAACAUAUAAUGGCUAAAGAUAAAUCUCGUAUUGCUUCUCUACUCUGUGCAGCUUUACAACCGAAAAUGGAUUAUUUGACAAGUGUUAUGUUUGAUUUAAUGACCGAUCUUUUGUACCAACUUCGUCUUCAAGGAGAUGCUCGUUUAACUACUGCUUUUCGACGAGCUGAAACAAUUGUCGAUAAAAUCCUAUCUAACUGGUUAACAUUCCUAUUGUAUAAGUUUAUUAAAAAUAGCGUCGGUGAAAAUUUAUUUUAUUUUUACCGAGCUCUUCUACAACAAAUAAAUAUGGGUCCACGUGAUGCUAUAACUGGGAAAGCUAGAUAUACAUUAGACAGUUCUUCAUUACUUCAAACAGAAAUGACUGGAAAGCAGAUUACACUCUGUGUUGAAGAUCCUCAGCAAUUAUUUGGUUUAUCUACUUCAUAUAUUUCUGUAAAAGUGCUUGAUUGUGAUACAAUAACUCAGGCCAAGGAGAAAAUUUUAGAUGGAAUCUAUAAAAAUAAGCCAUAUUCAAAACAAAUUAAAUCUACACAGUUAGAUUUAAAGAGAUUAGAUGAACAACGAGUUAUCGCACAAAACCCUGAAAAUGAACUAUUUACUGGUCAAACUUUAACGGAUUGGGACGUAAAGAUUCGUUCGAAUUCAUCAAAUUCCACUGAUCAUGACAAGUUACCAUUCCGAUUGAACUGUAUUGCAGAUUAUCAUCUCAAAGACAAUGCACAUGUUGCACUGGUUACUUGCGAAUUUACUAAAUCCAAUCAUAGUCAAUCCAUAUCGAAUGCAUUGCAAUCUAAUGCUUUUCAACUUCAAUCAACAGUAGCUCAAAAUUCAUGUUUUUCCGUGGAUGAAUUUGUUCAUAUACCUCCUAUGUCUCGUCCACUACCACCAAUCUCUCCUACUGGUACUACAAAGUCAGUCAAAAAUAAUACUGACCAGCUAAUAAGUAUCACAAACCCUUUACUUAAUGCUCAUAUCAGCAGUGAUCAAUUAUAUCUGUCGAAAUUUUCUACUCCAUCUGAUGAACCUUUUUGUUUUCGUCCAGUCGGAACUCCUGAUCCUAAACUUUGGUAUCAUAUAGAGUGGACAGGCAACCAUAAUGACAAUAUCAUGAAUCCUAGUGGAACCAUCAAGAAAUCCAUUAAACGUCUAGAUAAAAGAUCUGAUAAAUUAGAGCGUUUGUUAUGCACAUGCAUUCAUAAAGUUGACGAUUCCCAUGCAAAUAAUUCUUUGGGUAAUAAAGGCGAUAUUUCUACACGUGAUUUUAAUCAAAAUGAAGUGACCAAAAUGUGUUCAGAAUGUACAACACGUCACCCUCUUUUAUCGCCUUCUGAGGUAAAUUCUUUAAAGAACCAUGCUACCUUACUAUCGGUCAAUAAAUCAAAACGCUUUAAAAAGGGGAAGAAACAUCAUCACAAUUGCCUGGAUUAUAGGAGGGAUACAUCAGAGCUUUCAGUUUUCAAAGGUGAAAAAAUGCAUUAA